GCAGCCACAACCUAAAAUUGAACAUGGCAUCUCUUCUGCAAGAUACACUGUAUGAAAUCCAGUGUCAGGCCCCUUCACCAAGCAAAGACUUUCAUCACUUCAUUGUUACCCAGAAAGAGGUGAUCCUGAGAUCAUGGAAGAUUUCUGUUCGGGCUGAUAUCAGGAAGGUUUUGCCAAAGGAAGUUAGAAAAACGCAUAGUGAAUUCUUAUUAGAAGAUGAGAUGCACAUGCAAUUACAGAAGAUCUUUUGCAAGGACACCGUAGAGUAUGUAUUGAACUUAUGCAAGGGGCACUGUGAUUUUAUAGUCCGGAUUCCUGAUGGCCUCAAGAUAUGUAUCAUGUCUUAUCUUGAUACCCGUGACAUCAAACACUUGUCAGAAACAUGUAAAACAUUCCAGAAGCUGUGCAGUAGUGAAGAAUUCUGGGAGAAAAUUAAAUCAAAACAAGCCCACCAUCCUAGUGUCAUGCAAAAACCUGGCUUUUCCAGCUCAAUAAAGAGAUACAAUCUAAUUCCAGAGAGUCGAACCUGGAUGCACCGAAGGAGAAGCACAUUUUUUUAGCAGAAAAUAUCAAGACUUUUAUCUACUUGGUAAUUAACAAUAAAACCAACUAAUUGCAUGUUAUAUACAACAAUGUUGCGUGGCCUCACUGCUCUUGUUAGCACCACAGAUGUUCAAAUCAACUGGCCAACCACAUUAGUAUAGCACUGAGAAUCUUAACACCCCAACUGCUGACACAUACUAUGAUGAUGAGUUAUAGAGGGCAUCUUAUUCACAAUACCGAGGUGUCUUUUUAGUCAAUAUAAUCUGAUUUUCAAAGGAAAAUAUAACUAAAUACAAAGCUUCUUGAGUGUACUACA